CCGCACACAGCUGCUCAGAGGAAAUUAAAAAAAACAAAAAACCGUCGCCGUUCGGUGGCAAACGCUGGUGAGUGCUUCGUUUCUUUGUUCCGGAGCGACAUUUGCGGCUCUGCGUCCGUGAAGUCCUCACUGUGGGAAUUUUGUCGGGAUUACCGACGUCUGACGGACGGACAGACAGGACGCACGGGGAGUUGCGAUAAUUUACAAUUUUAUCGAGCGUUGGUCUUCCGGGACGUCCUUUUGUCACUGAGGGUGGUGCAGGUGAGGCAUCACAGUUUCGACCAUCAUGCUCGCUACUGUGGCAGCAGCGCUGGAAGUGUGUGUGUGAGUCUCCCUGGUCGAGCCUGCAGGGAUGAACAUGCCACUGCAUCAAAUCUCCGUCAUCCCCCGUGAUGUGACCUCAUCGAGGGUGUCGGGCAGUGGGAAAGCAAAGGACAAGGACAAGCAGAAUGAGAAGCCGAUGGGUCACUCUGCAAGCAGGUCCAGUAAUAUAUCAAAGGCGGGGAGUCCGACUUCUGUCAAUGCUCCAUGCAGCUUCUCAAGGACGUCAGUUUCUCCUUCCAGCCAAGACAUCUGCAGGAUUUGUCACUGUGAGGGGGAUGAAGAGAGCCCUCUGAUCACACCGUGUCACUGCACGGGAAGCCUGCGCUUCGUCCAUCAGGCCUGUCUGCAGCAAUGGAUCAAGAGCUCAGACACUCGCUGCUGCGAGCUCUGCAAGUAUGAAUUCAUCAUGGAGACCAAGCUAAAACCACUGCGCAAGUGGGAGAAGCUACAGAUGACGUCAGGUGAGAGAAGGAAGAUCAUGUGUUCGGUCACCUUCCACGUCAUCGCCAUCACCUGCGUCGUGUGGUCACUCUACGUUCUCAUUGACAGGACAGCAGAGGAAAUCAAAAUAGCCGGAAGAAUCCCAGGGAUCCUGGAAUGGCCUUUCUGGACAAAGCUGGUGGUGGUGGCCAUUGGCUUUACAGGCGGACUGGUGUUCAUGUACGUUCAGUGCAAAGUCUACAUUCAUCUAUGGAGGAGACUGAAGGCUUACAACCGGGUCAUAUACGUCCAAAACAGGCCUGAUACUUGUAAAAAGCUGGCGCUGGAGAAGCCACCUCUGCUGGAGCCAAGUCUGGAGAGCAAGGAGGCCCUAGCCCCCACCCAGUCAGACACUAACUCCUCCCAGUACACAGAGACAGAGGACUACAGUAUGGAUGUGCUCCACGUGUGACGGCCAGUCCCAAACGGUGCACGUUACAGGCCCCUCCCCAUAUAUUACACAAACAGGCCGAACAGGAGGAGGAGCGAGCCACCAUCCCGCUCUGGUACAUCUGAAAUUGUGUGAACUCCAUCCAAAGGCGGGGUCAGACUGAGACAACCUGUCAGGAUUGCGUGAGGACACCUGUGCACGUGUCACCAUUCCUUUGUUCACCCCUACACCGGCACCCGUCACCUCCUUCAGGUUCUGUUCUUAUUAUAAAUGUCAGCGGAGGUCUGGACCAUUCCACUCUACUCUGCUCACACAUGCAUGUGCACCUCUAGGAGAGCACGAUUGAGACUCUCAAACAGCUCUGGAAGGUCUAAAUGUCUGAUGCGUGGUUUGUUUGCUUGUGGGUUUGUUUGUUUGAUUUAUUUGUUUGUACCUCCUGUGUGUGGGGGGCUAAAGCUGCCAUGGAUCCCCUGAUCUAGGGCUUUACUGUGGAUCUCUGAAACAUUCCAGCUACUGCCACCAGUGUCACAGCUUUCUGAGUCUGUGCACAUCCACCAUCGGACAGAUCGGUUGGACCCCUGCCGGUUUGGAGGCCAGCGGGUGUCUGUUCUUACAUGCAUCAGAGCACUUUGUUUUCUGCCCACAAAUUCCCCCUUUCCUCUUCUUAUUUCUUUAAUAUACAUUCUUCUGUCAUGCAAGAGGAGAGCACAAUAACUCCAAAUGUUUCUUGAUUUGACUUUGCACUUCCUUAUACAUACAUGCACACACACGUGUACUGUGUGCCCUCUGGAUGACAAAACAGAAAUAAGGGAAGGAAAUGUAAUUCUUCCCAGAUGGAACUUGGAGGGUUUUUUUUUUUUUUUUUUGGUUUGUUUGUUUGUUUUAGUCAAACAGGGAAGUUGGUUCUAAACAUGACAUGUGAUUGCUAAAUUCUGUUUUGGCGCAGGCUCGUAGCUCCAACGAUGCUUUCAGAUGGCGGAAAAGUCCGGCCACAUGACCCCUCUACCCCAAAGUGAACUUUCUGAAGGCUCUGAGAAUGUAAACUUUUUAAAUAAGAAUAAAAAUAUAUAU